AAGUAAUGGAGCAAGUAACAAGUCUCCCUUCCCUCACCAGAACUCGCUCACCUCCUCGUCUCCCACAUCUACUGGGAAAACCACACUCCUCUUUCCUGGAAGCUUCUCGAAAAAGCUAUAACCGUCAGCAUCGUCCCUCCUCUACUUGUUCUCGCCCUUCUCUCCCACAAGGUAGUCCCUAACAGAAAGCAUCAUCCCGCAGCCUAUAGGCUCUAUUUGGAACUCGUAAAGAGACAUGCACUCUCCCUCUUGCCUCAAAUUAGAGGAUCAGGAUAUCACAGGACAAUGAAUUCCAUCGAUGAUAUCCUCCAUCUUUCUGAAAUCUUUGGUUUACCAAAUCAUGAACCCGGAAGUAUUCUCCUUGCUUUUGUCUUCUCCAUUGUCUGGCAACUAGUUGAUGCUUCCCUAGACGAUGAAGGGCUUUUAGAACUAACUUCUAAUAAGAGCUCUAAUUGGCCCCACGACAUGGAAAUUGAUGGGCUGCUUAAGAGAAAUGACAACCAUGGUCUACUAGAGAAAGCCAACACUGAAAUGGCUAUCACCCUAAUCCAAUUUCUUUUGCAGAAUGAAGUAACUUCGAGGAUUCUUCACCUGGCUAGUCAAAACAUGCCAACCCAUUGGGAAGAUUUCAGUCAGCGUUUCAGUGUGCUGACAACCAAAUCAUUGGUAGUGAGGAACUCGAAACAUAUUAAUCCAGAAGCCCUUACAUACUUGGCCUCUCAUACAAGUAAAUUCCUGGAAAGGGAGAGCAAGACAAUCCCACGAGGAGAAUUCCAUGCGCUUCUUUCCUCUGGUUCUAUCUUAGCAUUGACUAGUCAGCAUCAUGGGACUAGCGGUUCUGCACUCUGGCUGCCCAUUGAUCUUUUCUUCGAAGACAUAAUGGAUGGAACACAAGCUGCAGCGGCCAGCGCUGUCGAAAAUCUAACUGGUCUUGUAAAAGCACUGCAGGCAGUUAAUAGUACAACAUGGCAUGAUGCCUUUCUUGCUCUAUGGCUAGCAGCCUUACGCCUUGUGCAAAGGGAAAGAUAUCCAAUCGAGGGUCCUGUGCCCCGCACCGACACUUUUCUUUGUGUAUUGCUAUCCGUCACUCCACUUGCUGUUGCCAACAUCAUUGAAGAAGAAGAAAGUCAGUGGAUUGAUCAAAGUGCAUCUAGCCCAAGCAACCAGUGGAAAGAGAAAAAAGGAAAAUGCCGACAGGGAUUAGUCAAUAGCUUACAACAACUUGGUGAUUAUGAAAGCUUGCUGACACCACCCAUUUCGGUACAGUCGGUUGCUAAUCAAGCUGCUGCUAAAGCAGUUAUGUUCAUUUCCGGCAUUACAAAUGGUAGUGGAUCUUACGAAAAUACAAGCAUGAACGAAUCUGCAAGUGGCUGCUCUGGUAACAUGCGCCAUCUGGUAGUGGAAGCUUGUAUCUCCAGAAAUCUGUUGGACACAUCUGCAUAUCUCUGGCCGGGGUUCGUAAAUGGGGGAACCAAUCAAGUGCCUCAAGGUAUCGCCGGAAAUGUUUCUUGUUGGUCUCUAGUGAUGAAGGGUUCUUCUCUAACACCAUCAUUGACAAAUUCACUAAUCACAACUCCAGCUUCUAGCUUAGCAGAGAUCGAAAAGAUUUACGAGGUUGCAACUACUGGUUCAGAAGAUGAGAAGAUAGCUGCGGCUUCUAUUCUCUGUGGGGCAUCUCUAUUUCGGGGUUGGAGCAUACAGGAGCAUGUUAUCAUCUUCAUCGUAACUUUACUCUCGCCUCAGGCGCCAGCUAAUAUUUCUGGGAGUUAUAGCCAUCUUAUCAACUGUGCCCCAUUUCUUAACGUUCUUCUUGUAGGGAUAUCACCCGUAGAUUGUGUUCAGAUUUUCUCAUUGCACGGUGUGGUAGGUUUGUUGACUUUAACCUAUUUUCAUGUUCUUUAACUUAUGUUACCUGACAAUAAAUAAGAAGGUGCUUCUUUCGAUCAAAUUGUAUUUAUGGUGUUGUUUGUCAGGUCCCUGUUAUGAGAUACUUUGAGAAAUAGAAAUGUUAUUGAUCUGA